UACCAAAACGAACAACUAUUUCAUUCCCCCAACUUCAACCUCUGCCUCUCCCUCCUAAUUACAAAACCCUGCAAAUGCUCCCAAUAAACCCUACCUCCCUCUUCUUCUGUUCUAAGCCCUCUACUCUAAUCCCUAUAUCGCCCACUGCCACCACCACGACAACCUCCACCUCUCACCGUUGUUUCGCAGCUGGCGACCUUCGAGCAGGCCCCACAUUUCCUAGGUGGUUCCAGUUCACAUCCGCUGCCGACGCUGGCAGCAUCCGAAUUGGCCAGGAAUCUGAGGGACCUGCAUCUUCUCCGACGGCAGACGGAGCCUCCAUAGCCCCUCAACGGCGGGGAGUUGGAGGCAGUAAUGGUAGUGUUCGAGUGAAUGCGAAAGAGAAGAAAUGGUCGAGAAAUAGAGAGAGCUAUUUGACUGAUAAUGAAGACGUUCUUCCUCUUCCUAUGACUUAUCCUAACUCUAAACCUGUCCCUGCUGAGGAGAUUGAUAAACGGCUACGAUGCGAUGCCGAAAUUCAGGAUUGUAAGGAAGUGGUUUACGAGUGGACUGGAAAAUGCCGAAGUUGCCAAGGUUCAGGAUAUGUAAGCUAUUAUAAUAAAAGAGGGAAGGAGAUCACCUGCAAAUGUGUACCUUGCCUUGGGAUUGGAUAUGUGCAAAAAAUAACAGCUCGCAAGGACAUUGAUGUAAUGGAGGACUUGGACAAUGGAAAGCCGCCCUGACUAAAGUCAGAUUUUACUCCAGGGAGUAUACUUAAUAAUACUUUUGAUGAUUUGUAGUUUUUACUUCUUUCUUGUAAAUUGACCAUUUAUGGUUAUAGAGAAUAAAAUUUGGCAUCCUCGAAGGAAGAAUUUGGACAAGUGAUCCAAAGAAUUCAUUGUAAUUUUUGCAUAGAAUUUAUUCUUUUCUUGUUUUCCUGUCAUAUCUUCAACCACAGUUUUGUUCUUCUUAUCUACAAAUAUGCUUUCAGAAUCUUUUGUUCUGGGACUGGCAAGUUGCUCAAGGAAUAAAAAGCUAACUUUUUGUUUAAAUAAA